GUCGUCGUACACGCCGUGCAAUUCUUAAUCAGGAGAAGAAAAGGAGAGCAUCCAGCCAUGGCAGAGGAGAGGAGCCCCCUGCACCUGCCUCGCCACAAGGAGGAGGACAAGGAGGGGGAGGAGAAGCAGCAUGGCCACGACCACGGCCACAACCACAGCCACGGCCACGACCAGCGGGAGCACGCCGGCGGGAGGGGGGUGGACAUGGACCUGCCGGCGACGUACGUCAACAUGGGCUCCAUCGCCACCGCGGGCGUUCUCGACUGGAGGUACCAGAAGGCGACAGGGGAGAAGAGGCCGGACAAGGUGACCGGAUUGAUCAGCGCGGAGCAGGCCAAGGAGGCCGAGCGCAGGGAGGCCGAGGAGCGCCAGGCGGAGGAGGAGGAGGGCGGGGCCGCCUGGGCCAAGAACAAGCACGUGUAUCAGUUCUGAUCGAUCGCCGCCGGGCGCCGCGGCCAGCCGUGCAUCUCGCGGCAGAUGGUGUUCUGAACGGAAAAAGUUCGCGAGAGAUGAUGGUGUGCAUGUAUCCACCGCUCACCGUCACUUGGAGAUUCGUGCUACGUUUUCUUGUUUUGUCAAAAGCUUGUCUUGUUUCAGAGUGUUGCAUGAUGUUUCUCUUUUUAAAAAUUAUCGUGAUGUUUCGAUGUGUAUAUCAGUAAAAUAAGAGAGUACUCAGUUCAAAUAAAAAUAAAAAUAAGAGAGUACUCGUCAGAUUUGUACGUAA